CAUCUCUCUAAGGGUGUCGAUUCUGGAGCUUAAAAAAAAAGGGGGGGUGGAGGGGAACGGAUGUGCCUCAGCAAAGGGAAGGAGGGCUGCGCUGCUGCGGGGGACUCGGAUGCACAGAUUGAAAAGCGAAAACUCAGGCAGUAAUUCCAUCGGGGUAUAUAUCUUUCCACUCCCCAGUAAAACAUUUGUCUAGUAAACAUAAGAAACACAAGCUCUGAGUUUCCUGGACCACGUCAACACAGAUGGGAGCAAUCCGGGGACGGGCCUGUCAGCUUUCACUCUGCACAGGAAGGCUCACCGAAGAGAACUCAUUGAUGAUGCUUUCCCAAAAAAGAUCUGCACGUCUGUUUAAAUGCUUCACGUAAACUGAGAUGCGGUAUCAGGAACUAUAGCUGGGCUGCUGCUGGAGGGGCACGCAGAAUGGCUAGAUUGAAGGUUUCCAUCCACAGAACAGGCUCCAUCCAGUAGGCUGCAAAGGCCCUAGGGGGGCGUGUCGACAGUCACCGGCAUCUGGGAGGACAGGCGAGCAGAGGUGGGCCAGCAGGGAACAUACAAGCUGCCCAUGCCGACUGUGUAUGAAGCUGGGAAGCAGUACAUGGGACCUGAGUCCACAGAGAGACCCCUUUCGAUGUCCCGGCAUGAGACCUCUCCGACAACGAUGCAACCGGCUGGCAACCACCGCCCCAAUGCCUGCUGCUUCUGCUGGUGCUGCUGCUGCAGCUGCUCGUGGAACGAAGAUCGGGAGCGAGCGUGGCGGGCUUCUCGAGACACCAAACUGGAGACCAUUCCAAACUGUGAAGCUUGCCUCAAGCCAACUCCCGACGAAGUGCAGGGCUGGGCCCAGUCGUUCGACAAGCUGAUGAAGAACCCAGCGGGCAGGAACGUGUUCCGGGAAUUCUUACGGACUGAGUACAGCGAGGAAAACAUGCUCUUUUGGUUAGCAUGUGAGGAACUCAAAAACGAGUGCAACAAGCACACCAUCGACGAGAAGGCCAGGAUGAUCUACGAGGACUACAUCUCCAUCCUCUCACCCAAAGAGGUGAGCCUGGAUUCCCGAGUGCGCGAAGUCAUCAACAAGAAGAUGCAGGAGCCUUCGACGCACACCUUUGACGAUGCGCAGCUACAGAUCUACACCCUCAUGCACAGAGACUCCUAUCCCCGCUUCCUGAACUCUGCCAUAUACAAAGCGCUGCUGCAAAGCGUCUCGCGGUCGUCCUCGGAGUCCUAAGCACCUGCCACCCUCGGCCCAUGGCAACGCCACAAACAGUUUUUUGUACACUGGUGUCGGGGGGGAUCCCUGAGCUCUGGCUCUGUCUGGGGCAGGUGGGGAGGCC